AUGUCUGCGGCGGUCAACCGAGGUCUCAGGACAGCUUCCCGAUCAUUGCGUCUCCAAUCGCGAAGCGUCCGCCUGGCCACUCCUCUCCGCGCCGGUCUCGCCUCCACUAACUUUGCCGCCCGCUCCACACCUCAACAAUCUCACAACUUCACCACCUCAUCUGCGAGACAGAGCGCCGCACCAGCCAUGGCCGAAGCGAGAGAGUACGAUCCUGAAAUCAAGGACAUUGCCAACUACGUCCAAAGCUACAACGUCGAUUCCGAGCUUGCUUUCGACACGGCACGAUGGGUUUUCCUGGACACUCUCGGCUGUGGUCUUGAGGGCCUCCGCUUCAAGGAGUGCAGCAAGCUCCUGGGCCCCAUUGUUCCCGGCACUGUUGUUCCCAAUGGCCCCAAGGUCCCUGGUACCGACUUUCAGCUCGACCCCGUCAAUGCCGCCUUCAACAUCGGUGCCAUGAUCCGUUGGCUCGACUACAACGACUGCUGGCUCGCUGCCGAAUGGGGACACCCUUCCGACAACCUGGGUGCCAUCCUGGCCGUGGCCGACUGGAUCACUCGUACCAACAAGGCCGGCGGUAACAUUGCUGGCGGCAAGCAGUUCACCAUCCGCGAUGUUCUCGAGGGUAUGAUCAAGGCCCAUGAGAUUCAGGGCUGCCUGGCUCUCUUGAACUCGUACAACAAGGUCGGCCUGGACCACGUUGUCCUCGUCAAGGUCGCCAGCACUGCCGUCGUCUCCAAGAUGCUCGGCCUCAACGAGAAGCAGAUUGCCGACGCCGUCACCCAGGCCUGGGUCGACGGCCAGAGCUUGCGCACUUACCGUCACUCCCCCAACACCAUGUCCCGCAAGUCGUGGGCUGCCGGUGACGCCUGCCAGCGCGCCGUCAACCUUGCCCUCAAGGUCAUGAAGGGCGAGCAGGGCAUCCCUACCGUUCUGUCUGCCCCCGUCUGGGGUUUCUACGAUGUUCUGUUCAAGGGCAAGAAGUUCGAGUUCCAGCGCCCAUACGGCAGCUACGUCAUGGAGAACGUUCUCUUCAAGGUCUCCUACCCUGCCGAGUUCCACUCCCAGACUGCCGUCGAGGCCUCUUCCAAGAUUCACCAGCAGCUCAAGGCGAUGGGCAAGUCGGCGGCCGACAUCAAGGGCGUCACCUGCCGCACGCACGAGGCCUGCAUCCGCAUCAUCGACAAGCAGUUCAAGCCCAUGGACAACUUUGCCGACCGUGACCACUGCAUCCAGUACAUGGCCGCCACCAUGCUCGUCUUUGGCCGCCUCGAGGCCACCGACUACGUCGACGGCAGCGAGGCCGCGACCUCCCCUCUCGUCGAGUCCCUGCGCCAGAAGUUCAAGUGCGUUGAGGACCCGCAGUUCACCAAGGACUACCACGACCCCGCCCUCCGAACCAUCUCCAACGCCCUGACUGUCGAGUUGAACGACGGCACCGUGCUCGAGGAGGUUGUCGUCGAGGCACCUCUCGGUCACCGCCUGAGAAGAGAGGAGGCCAAGCCCGAGAUCCUCAAGAAGUACAAGAGGCACUUGGAGCCCCACUUCGAUGCCGGCAGGGUCAAGCAGCUUGUCGACCUUGGCCUGGACCCCAAGAAGUUGGAGGCCACUCCUGUGGAUGAGUAUGUCGAUCUGUAUGUUGCCAAGGACAGCAAGUUCAUCUAG